GUCUGGGUUUAGUAUCUCUGGGAAGUGUUGGUUUUCUCAGUCACCGUAGCGUGUGAAGGUGAAGGAAAGCUUCGUUUGAAUCUCGGAGGUUUCUUUUCGGCGCUCUCUUUCGGUGCUGUUGAGAGUUUCCAAAUCUUGGUACAUAACGGAGUGCGGAGAACAGGUUACUAGAAAGGAACCGAUAUUACAUAAGGACGUCCAUUGACUGCAGCUCCGGUGGGCUCGAAAAGAAAACAUAACAAUCUUACCAAACGCCGUGCCGAGUGGACGACAAUAAGGAGUUCAAGUAGAGCAAAAGUGUGUUAAUUAGAUGUGCUAGCUUGCCAUGAAAAUUCCCGAAUGGCCAUUUAAGUAGAGGUUGUGCGAGAGAAAGGUCGUGUUUGGGCGAUUGCUCCUUUUGAAUUGCUGCCCUAAAUGGGCAGAAGGCGAUCCUUUGGCAAUCAGUAGUUUAGCAAACAAAUUUUUCAAUCUACUGUGUGAAACGUGUGUGUUGUAAAUAGUUCAAACAAUCAGUUGCUGUUGUGUUAAAAACAGUGGAAAUUGCGGUAGCUGAUUCGCGAUUCAAAGUUUGUCCCCGAAAUCAGACUCAAAGGAUAUUCACGCUGGAGCCAUCGAUUUUUCCACUCUUUGAUCGAAUCUAACAGCAACCUAGAUAGAAGUUCAUUUGGUUCGCAGAAUAGAUGAAGCUUACGGGCUGACCUUCGGAAGUGAACGCCGGGAAUUAAUUGUGUUUGGGGAACCAUGAGUGCAUCUGAAAUUUAGAAAAGAUAACGCGGUUUGAAAAUGUGCGCCCGACAGAAUGAUGUUCUAUGCUUAUUGCCGUGAAUGAAACUAACCGUGUGUUAUCAGGAUGUUUGGUGGAUGCUAAUGAAAAGUUACAAUAUUUUCAAUGGUGAAAUUCUAAGAGGAUCUGAAAUCUGAUUCCCCGUGAUUUGUAUUCUGCAUUAAGUUGAAGGUGUACGUGAAGCGAUAUGGAUAAGUCGAAGAAGCCACCGGCCACGGCCGGAGGCACUGGAGCACCCGCACCCGGAGCUGGUGCUCCCGGAGGGAAGAAAGGCGGUGGUAAAGGACCGCCUAAAAAGCCCAGUGAUAGUGACGCACCGGGAGCCAGCGCAAAAGCGGAAGGGGAUCCCAGUGGACCAGCUCCCAAGGAUGAUACUUCCGCUGCCAACGGCGACAAAAAAACGGAUAAGGCUGACCCUGAGCAACCAUCGCAGACGAAGCCAGGCAGUGCCGGGGCGACAGUCCGCGACGGUGCCCAGAAAGUACUUAAUCUGGCCAUAAAGAGCGAGUGGGCUCCCGUUGAAGCUGUGCUGAAAGGCUUGGAGAAGGCGGUAGCCGCCGGCGGAGAGGAGGCAAACCUUACCCCACUAGCGGGGGUGAUGGACCCGGCCACCGGAAUGACGCCUCUUAUGCUAGCCGUGAAGGACAACCGAACACCAAUAUUAGAUAGGCUUAUUGAUCUCGGAUCGGACGUCGGAGCGAGGAAUAACGACAAUUACAAUGUGAUACAUAUUGCUUCCAUGUACUCUAGAGAGGAUGUAGUUAAAUUACUUUUAAAUAAGCGUGGCGUCGAUCCCUACUCGAUGGGCGGGUCACGGCAACAAACGGCUGUUCACUUGGUAGCUAGUAGACAAACCGGCACUGCAACCGCUAUUUUACGGGCUCUUUUGGCUGCAGCCGGUAAGGAUAUUCGAACAAAGACUGACGGUAAAGGAAAAAUACCGCUACUGCUUGCUGUCGAGGCUGGUAACCAGUCUAUGUGCAGGGAGUUACUUUCAUCACAAACGGCGGAUCAACUGAAGGCCACGACCACCAAUGGUGACACGGCGUUGCAUCUCGCCGCCCGGCGGAAAGAUGUCGAGAUGGCCCGGAUUCUGAUUGACUACGGCGCCAACGUGGAUUUGCAGAACGGCGAAGGUCAGACGGCACUGCAUAUAGCGGCGGCCGAAGGCGACGAGGCGAUGGUCAAGUACUUUUACACCGUUCGUGCGUCCGCGUCCAUCAUCGAUAAUCAAGAUCGCACACCGAUGCAUCUAGCGGCGGAAAACGGUCACGCGUCGAUCAUCGAAAUUCUGGCGGACAAGUUCCGGGCCAGUAUCUACGAGCGAACGAAGGACGGUAGUACGCUAAUGCACAUCGCUUCGUUGAACGGUCACGCUGAGUGUGCGACGACGUUGUUCCGGAAGGGCGUGUACCUACACAUGCCGAACAAGGGUGGCGCGCGAAGUAUACACACCGCGGCCAAGUACGGCCACGUGGGCAUCAUUAGCACCUUGCUGAACAAAGGCGAGAAGGUUGACGUCCCCACGAAUGAUAAUUACACUGCCCUCCACAUCGCUGUUCAAUCUGCAAAACCGGGCGUCGUCGAGACGCUGCUGGGGUUCGGUGCCGAAGUGCACGUCCGAGGGGGUAAACUGCGGGAGACGCCUCUACACAUUGCCUCGAGAGUUCAGGACGGAGAUAGAUGCGCGCUGAUGUUGCUUAAGUCCGGCGCCGGUGCCAACAAAACGACUGAUGACGGUCAAACACCUGUUCAUGUAGCUGCCAAAUAUGGGAACGUCACGACCCUGGAUCUGCUCCUAGAGGAUAACGGGGAUCCGCUGAUAAAGUCGAAUGUCGGCGAGACUCCGUUACAUCUGGGAGCGCGGAACUGCUAUCCGGAGAUUGUGAGACAUUUGAUAGACUUCGUGUUGGAAAAGCACGGGAAGGAGAUCCUGAAGAAUUAUCUCAAUUUCACCAACGAAGAUGGCGCGACCGCUCUGCAUUACAUUUGUCAGGUGACGAAGGACGAGGUGAAAUCGGGGAACGGUGAUCGAGAAAUAGUGAAGAUGCUGCUGGAACAUGGGGCAGAUGUUUCGCUAACAACAAAAUCCACCAAUGAUACGUGUCUUCAUGCGGUUGCUGUUGCCGGCAACAAUGACGUCCUGUCGGAGGUCAUAAGCCAUCUCUCGACGGCGGACGUUCAGAAAGCGAUGAAUCGGCAAUCGUCGGUUGGUUGGACACCAUUGUUGAUCGCGUGUAACCGGGGUCACAUGGAUCUAGUGAAUACUCUACUCAGCAACCAUGCCAGGGUGGAUGUGUUCGAUAACGAAGGCCGCUCUGCGCUACAUUUGGCCGCGGAGCAUGGCUACCUACAAGUCUGUGAUGCACUCAUUACUAAUAAGGCGUUUAUUAAUUCUAAAUCACGAGUCGGUAGAACAGCCCUUCAUUUGGCCGCUAUGAACGGAUACACGGAAUUGGUAAAAUUUUUGAUACGAGACCACAAUGCAGUGGUGGAUAUUCUAACCUUAAGGAAGCAAACUCCGUUACAUCUGGCGGCCGCCAGUGGACAGAUGAAUGUCUGUAAGCUACUUUUAGAACUCGGUGCCAAUAUCGACGCAACAGACGACGUUGGACAGAAACCCAUUCACGUGGCUGCACAGAACAAUUAUUCCGAAGUUGCCAAAUUAUUUCUUCAGCAGCACCCGAACCUUGUAAUGGCCACGAGCAAGGACGGCAAUACCUGCGCCCAUAUAGCUGCCAUGCAAGGCUCGGUGAAGGUGAUAGAGGAACUGAUGAAAUUCGAUCGAACCGGUGUGAUAUCUACGAGAAACAAGCUGACGGAUUCGACCCCUCUUCAGUUGGCUGCGGAGGGUGGUCAUGCGGACGUCGUAAAGGUCCUUGUGCGUGCCGGAGGAUCCUGUACCGACGAAAACAAGUCUGGUUUCACCGCCGUGCACAUGGCGGCAAAAAACGGCCACGGUCAGGUACUCGAGGUGAUGCGAAGCACUAAUUCGCUAAGGGUGUCCAGUAAAAAAUUGGGUUUAACUCCGCUGCAUGUAGCUGCCUACUACGGCCAGGCAGAUACGGUGAGGGAGUUGCUUAUCAACGUCCCCGCAACGGUUAAAUCUGAUUCUCCAUCUGGUUCAUCAUUAGUACCUGAAUUAGGGAACGAGUCCGGGCUGACUCCGCUGCAUCUGGCAGCCUACUCCGGCAACGAAAAUGUUGUCCGACUGCUACUUAACUCCGCUGGUGUUCAAGUCGAUGCUGCGACUACGGAAAAUGGUUACAAUCCUCUGCAUUUAGCUUGCUUCGGUGGGCAUGUUCCGAUCGUGGGACUACUGCUGAGCAGAUCCGCUGAGCUUCUGCAUAGUGUGGACCGGCACGGGAAGACUGGUCUGCACAUAGCAGCUAUGCACGGUCACUAUCAGAUGGUGGAAGUCUUGCUCGGUCAAGGUUCAGAGAUCAACGCCUCAGACAAGAACGGCUGGACUCCACUGCACUGUACUGCCAAGGCUGGUUAUCUGGAUGUCGUGAAGCUGCUGGUGGAAGCCGGUGGAUCACCCAAGUCCGAGACAAACUACGGCUGUGCGCCGAUUUGGUUCGCUGCGUCCGAAGGCCACAACGAUGUGCUGCGAUAUCUGAUGCACAAGGAGCACGAUACCUACGCGCUGAUGGAGGAUAAACGGUUUGUGUACAAUCUGAUGAUCGUCUCCAAGAACCAUAACAACAAGCCAAUCGAGGAGUUUGUGUUAGUUUCUCCGGCGCCGGUUGAUACCGCCGCGAAGCUGUCAAACAUCUUCGUCGUGCUAUCCACUAAGGAAAAAGAACGAGCCAAAGAUCUGAUCGCUGCUGGGAAACAGUGCGAAACGAUGGCUACCGAGCUCCUGGCGCUGGCCGCCGGUGCUGACUCGGCAGGUCGUAUUCUUACUGCCACAGAUCGGCGCAACAUGGAGUUUCUCGAUGUCCUGAUCGAGAACGAGCAGAAGGAGGUGAUCGCCCACACGGUAGUGCAACGAUAUCUGCAGGAACUCUGGCGAGGGACGCUCAACUGGACGGCGUGGCGAAUAAUGUUGCUGUUCGUGGGUUUCAUCAUUUGUCCUCCGGUGUGGAUUAUCUUCACGCUGCCACUGGGCCACAACUACUACAAGGUGCCCAUCAUCAAGUUCAUGUCCUACCUUACCUCUCACAUCUAUCUGAUGAUCCAUCUGAUGAUUGUGGGCAUCACGCCAAUCUAUCCGGUGGUGCGAGCCAGUUUGGUACCGUAUUGGUACGAGUGGGGACUGCUGGUGUGGCUCAGCGGUCUGCUGCUGUUCGAGUUGACCAAUCCCAGCGACAAAUCCGGGCUGGGGAGUAUUAAAGUACUGGUGCUGCUGUUUGGAAUAAUCGGCGUGGGACUUCACGUGGCGGGAAUGUUGUACGUGCAGAAGACGACGUGGCCAACGCUUAUGUAUUGCCGAAAUCAGUUCUUCGCGCUUUCCUUUCUGCUUGCUUGUGUGCAGAUUUUGGACUUUCUAUCCUUUCAUCAUCUGUUUGGUCCGUGGGCUAUCAUCAUCGGAGAUUUGCUCAAGGAUUUGGCUCGGUUUCUGGCCGUGCUCGCAAUCUUCGUGUUUGGCUUUUCGAUGCACAUUGUGGCGUUGAAUCAGUCCUUCCAGGACUUGACUCCGGAUCAGGUCAAGCGGUUACCAAUCCUGACGCGGAACAAGGAACUAUUCAGCGAUGUGCGCAUGAAUCCGAUAGUAUCCUUUGAACUGCUCUUUUUCGCCGUAUUUGGUCAAACCACCACCGAUCAGACACAAGCAGAUAAACGAGGAACGACGCCGAAGAGAACACAGCCUGAAUGGACUGAGUACUUGUUUAAAAUUGUAUUUGGCAUUUACAUGUUGGUAUCAGUUGUAGUGCUUAUCAAUCUGCUCAUUGCUAUGAUGUCUGAUACAUAUCAGAGAAUUCAGGCACAAUCCGACAUCGAGUGGAAGUACGGUCUGUCGAAGCUGAUUCGAAACAUGCAUCGAACGUCCACGGCGCCAUCUCCGAUGAAUCUGGUCACGACGUGGUUCGUCUGGAUAUUCGACAAGAUACGGGCCAAAUUGAGGAAGAAGAAGCGACCGUCGCUGGUGCAGAUGAUGAACCUCCACCGGGGCCAGCAGAGUCCCCGCUCGAAAGCCGGUGCCAAAUGGUUGUCGAAAGUGAAGAAAGGUCAGGUGGCUCCUAAAGAGUCUACCGCCCUGUCCGUUAUGCAUCUGUCUCCGCUCGGGUCGCAAGUCAGCUUCUCCGCUGCCAAUACGAACCGAAUCGAGAACGUCGCGGACUGGGUAGAAAUCUCCAAGAAGUACCGCGCCCUGGUUGGCCACGAUGCCGAGGAUGCUGGCUCGAUGAAGGAUUCCGACGGCGAUAACCACUCGACGGCCAACGGUGGAAACAACGCCAACGAUCAGCAGAUGAGCAACAACGUGAACUCCAAUCAGGCUAAGGGAUAGACUACAGUGCCGGCGUGGUUCGUCACAGCACGAAACAACCCAACGGUGGAGGUGACUGCCGGAGACGUGGAACAAAAUGAUAGCUUUUGUAUCAAUCACUCGAAAUGUUUAUGCAUCUCACGUGUGCAUCCAUUUGUAAAUAGUUGUCGUGUAAAGGAAGUUUAUAUAUUUUGGAAGUAUAGAAGAAUAUGUUGUAGGAAUAACGUUAGUUUUGGGAAUUCGGUCAUAUUGUGUAUGAGGUUCAGCUAGCGUGGUUUCCGGAUUCAUUUUGUAAGCGAAUUUGAAUAUCACAUAGAUUAGGAUUUUUCUCUUGUCCACUGUUGAGUUAAGUGAGGCUAGAUAAAUGACUACGAAAAUUGUAAAAAGUUACGUGUACAUUCAAAAAUGAUAGUGUAAAUAUUAUAUUUUAUAUGUCAAUUAAAAUUCGA